AUGUUGGAUAAUAUCCGCUCGAGACAUAUAAAUCCAGGAAAACUAGAGUCCUAUACUUCGCGCCUUGACGAAGAUCUUCUUCCUGGAACUAUAAGAUCUUAUGCUUCUCACGGGGGUGCUGAGUUAGAGUUAGAGCUGUUAAAAAAAAAAGACAGUAAAAUCUUGGUUCCGCAGCCAGAUGACCUGCCCAAAGAUCCUUUGAACUGGAGUAAAAAGAGGAAGUACUGGAAUACAUUAAUCGUUUUAAUGUAUACGGGUUUCACCGCAGGAAUCACAAACUUAUCUGGACUAUCAGAUUAUACUACAGAUGCUUCGGAUGGAAUUUUAUUCAUUGGAAUUGCGUUCGGAACUUACUUGUUGGCUCCAUCAGUUAAUCUCUAUGGAAGAAGAAUAUCGUAUUUGAUUUGUCUUUUCUGGGCAAUUCUUGGUAUGGUUUGGGUAGCUAAUGCUCAUAAUACGGGUCUGGCCAAUUGGGCCCAGUUGCUAGUGGGAGCUUCCGAAUCUUGUGGAGAAGCACAAGUACAACUCUCCUUGACUGAUCUCUUUUUCGAGUAUCAGCUAGGAAGUGCUUUAAACUACUAUGUGUUGGCUACAGGUGUAGGCACUUUUAUUGGUCCCCUUAUUUCAGGAUUUAUAGAUGAAUUACAGGGAUUCAAAGUUGCUACAUAUACUGCUGUAGGUUUUGCUGGAGCAAACUUACUUCUCAUGGUCUUUUUUAUGGAUGAAACGGUGUACUUUAGAAAAAAUACGAGAAAGGUGAAAGAAGAAUCUGAAUUCACUAACGAAUUUUUGAAACAAGAAAAAAGCAAAGUCUUAAUAUCGGAAGUGGUCCACGAUUCGUCCUCUGAGGAUGAUCAAAAUGGUGGUAUUGGGUCUUGGUUUCGUCGGCAAAUGAAAGUAAUUGCUCCGAGCCCUAUGUUAGAUGGUACGGGUUUCAUACAAUAUAUGAAGCAGCUAUUUUUACUUCCACGCGUCCUAAUUUUCCCACCAGUGAUAUUUUCUGGCUUUGUUUGGGGUAUUCAAAAUAUUCUUAUGGAAUUUUAUAUGACUAUUCAGGAAGAUAAUUACUAUGAUCCUCCUUACAAUUAUAGCGAUAAUGCAGUCGCAAUUAUGAAUGUUCCAACUUUAAUUGGAGUUGUAAUAGGAUGUUUUUACGGUGGAACAUUAAAUGAUUGGUUUAGCAAUUGGAUUGCUAAAAGGAAUGAUGGUGUGGUAGAUGCUGAAGUGAGACUUUGGUUUUUAUAUAUACCAUGUAUAUUAUCUUCGAUUGGUUUGCUUCUUUUUGGUAUUGGUACUGAUCAACAAUGGAGCUGGGUUCCUACUUAUAUUGGUUUAGGAUUUAUCGGGGUGGGUUAUGGUUCAUCGGGGGAUCUAUCAAUGACUUAUGUGAUGCUUAUUUAUCCUGAUUUAGUUAUAGAGAUGAUGUGUGGAAUUUCUUUCAUAAACAAUAUGCUUGGUUGCAUUUUCUCAUUUGCAUGUGAUGCUUGGUUAGAAAAUGUCAGUAUCACAAAUACCUUUAUUAUUUUGGCUGUUAUGCAAUUUAUGGUAGUAGUUUUCACCAUACCAAUGAUGGUUUACGGUAAGAAAUGCAGACAAUGGACUCUCCCGAGCUAUAUUAAAUAUUGUGAACUUCGUGAUUCAUUACGAUAA